AUGGCAAUUGGUAAAAAUAAACGAAUUUCCAAGGGUAGAAAGGGAGGACGUAAGAAAAUCAUCGAUCCCUUAUCGCGUAAAGAGUUCUAUGACUUGCGUGCUCCAAGCACCUUUAAAGUACGUAACUUCGGUACCACUAUUGCUUCUAAAAAUCAAGGUACAAAGUUAGCAGUCGAUGCUCUUAGACACAGAGUAUAUGAAGUGAGCUUGGCUGACUUGAACAAUGAUGAAGAUCAGGCAUUUAGAAAGAUCAAGUUGCAAUGCGAAGAUAUUCAAGGAAGGACUUGUCUUACUGAAUUCCAUGGUAUGGAUAUGACAAGAGACAAACUCUGCUCUUUAAUUAGAAAAUAUCAGACUCUCAUCGAAGCUCAUUGCAAUGUUAAAACUUCUGAUGGUUAUGUUUUGAGAUUGUUCUGUAUCGCAUUCACAAGAAGAAUGGCAGACCAAGUAAAAUCAACUUGCUAUGCCCAGACUUCUCAAAUUAGACAAAUUAGAAAGAAGAUGGUAGAAAUUAUUACAGCAGAGGCAGAAGGUACAACUUUACGUGACUUAGUAAAGAAAUUUAUCCCUGAGUCAAUAGGUAAAGAAAUUGAGAAGGCAUGUAGACACAUUUUCCCAUUACAACAUGUAUUUAUUCGUAAGGUUAAGGUAUUAUCGAAGCCAUCAUUUGAUGUUUCCCGUCUCAUGGAAAGCCAUAUUGGUGCUGAUGGUGUUGAAGAAAAAGGUACCAAGGUUGUCUCAGAAUCAAACCAAGCAACUAACUUAUUGACUGCUGAGAUGAAGGCGUAA